UCCAAUUUAUGCCAAAUAAAACAAAUCAUUGAAACUGCUAUGGAUGAUUAGUUUCGUACUCUACGUGGCAUUAAUACGCAUGCGCCUCAAAACCGGAACAAGGACGUGGAAUUUAUUUUAUAAAAAUGACUACAAUACUCUCAUAUUUCUGCUGUAUUCUGCUUAUUCCUGUAAUUUCUGGACUUUAUUUCCACAUCGGAGAAACUGAGAAGAAAUGCUUUAUCGAAGAAAUUCCAGAUGAGACCAUGGUUGUCGGAAAUUAUAAAGUGGAAAUGUAUGACAAAUCAAGAAAUGAAUAUGUGCCUACCGUAUCAGGACUUGGCAUGCAUGUUGAAGUAAAAGAUUCAGAUAUGAAGAUUAUAAUGUCACGGACAUAUGCAGCAGAAGGAAGAUUUACAUUUACAUCUCACACAGCAGGAGAACACAUCAUCUGUCUCCAUAGCAACUCAUCAGCUUGGUUCGGUGGUGGACAACUGCGAGUCCACUUAGACAUCCAAGUAGGAGAGCAUGCCAAUGACUACAAAGAGAUUGCACAGAAGGACAAACUGACAGAGCUCCAACUGAGAGUAAGACAACUGCUAGACCAAGUGGAGCAGAUCACUAAAGAACAGAACUACCAGAGGUACCGUGAAGAACGAUUUAGGCAAACUAGUGAAUCGACCAAUCAGAGAGUCUUAUGGUGGUCCAUUGGCCAGACAUCAAUUCUCCUCGUCACUGGAUUCUGGCAGAUGCGACAUCUAAAAUCUUUCUUUGAGGCCAAGAAAUUAGUAUAAAUGAAAGUAUUACUCUAGGAAAUUUAAAAAAUGGAAGAAGUAAACA